GUGCCCUGCACCUACGCCAGCGGCUUCGAGACCCACCCCAAAUUCUGGUGCAAACCGGGACAGAUUUACACCUGUGCUGGUAACAUUUACAUCAUCGCGACCUCGGAGCUUUAUCCCACGGUGCAAAAGGGCCGAGUCUCCAUCUGGGACAAUCGCACCCAGCGGGUGUUCAUGGUGACCGUGGGGAACCUGACCGAGGGGGACACGGGCACCUACCGCUGCGGGGUGGAAAAGACAGUUCGCAAUGACUUUCACACGGUGAACGUGUUCGUGAGCCCAGCUCUUUCUUCUUCCUCCUGCUCCCCGAAAACAGUAUCUCCCUCAAGUAUAGAGCAUCCUGCUCUCACUACCUCCACAUCAGUCCCCACUCAGGCAUCUCCCGAAGAGAGAGCUGCUAAGGAAGAGAGAGCCACCUCCCCUCCCCACAGAGGCGCCAGCCCUCGGCACUUGGACCUGGUCACGGAAGUCCUGAUUCCAUGCAUCGUGGUGGUUCUUCUUUUGCUUGUACUUGGUGCUGGAGCGUUGGUUAAACUGUCCAGGAAGAGGAAGAAAUCCCUUGCAGGAGCACCCGUAGAGAUGGGCAUGACCUGCAGCGCCUCGAGCACGGGGACCAGCCUGCAUUAUGCUGACAUUAAUCACCCUGCAGCCCCAGACAACGGCGAGCUGUACAGCAACGUCAAGGCUUUCCUCAGCCUGGCGAACGCCGAGACCAGCUACGCAGAGAUCAAUCCAUGCUGCCAGGAGAAAGAGGCUCUUUGUACCACCGUAAGUGCAUCCCCCCCGGAGCAGCAGGACCUCUACGCCAACGUGGCGCCGGCCCCGCGUCCUGCAGAGCCGCUCUGCAGCACCGUGGAGAAGCCUUGAGACCCGCCACCGGACCGCUCUCUCCGCCGGCGGCCGGCGCGGCG